CAUUCUAAUAGCAGGUAAAUUUUAUUUACAGCUAACGACAUAAAAUUCGGUAUUUUAGGGUGAAAUCGGUCCGGCGAUAUUCUCCCUCCUACGGUAUAACGUCUAAUUCUCUCUAUGACUCAUUUACUCCUACUAUCUACUUGAAGCCAACAGUUUGGCUUUCUCAGUCUGAAGAAUAACAGUGCGUAGUUAACAUCUUUUUAUUCGAUUCAACAUUCAACAAUCUCGACUGCUGUAUCUUGAAAAUUAUUUCAUAACAAUGGUAAUUAUGGACAAUAGAGAAGAGCAAAUGUCAGUUACCUUGGUUCGAAGAAGAGCUGAACCCUACAUAAGAGCCAUGCACUUUGAACGAUUUAGCGGUCUAAGCGCUCCAAUUGGUGUUGGCAAUGCUAUAAGCGAUCAUAACGAUAUACUCCAGCAGCAUCAACAGCUUACUGUAAGUCUUGCUCAACUACAGUCUGGGGCACCAACAGUUGGUCAACCGGAUCUUCAACAAGCAACUCAGGAACCUGCAGCUGGUGGAAGUACGCAAUCUGAUUCUACAUCUUCUACUCAUGAUCCAGAACACCGUAAACUAAUCCAGCAGCAGCUCGUACUUCUACUCCACGCCCACAAAUGCCAGAUACGAGAACGACAGGCCAAUGGUGAAGCACGGAUAUGUGCUCUGCCACACUGCAAAACUAUGAAAAAUGUUUUGACUCACAUGACGACCUGCGAAGAGGGCAUAGAAUGUACGAUACCACAUUGCAGUUCAUCCAGACAAAUUAUUGCUCAUUGGAGACAGUCUCAAAAGAGCGACUGUCCUGUUUGUUUACCUCUCAAACAAGCGGAUAAAAACAAGGCUGCUAAUUCUCGUGCUGCUGUUGCAGCAAGUCAACCAAAUCCAAAUCCUGACAUGAGAAAACCUUUUGACACUAUGGGUAUAAUCCAGGGUCAAAAAACUACAUCUGGUAUGAUACCAAAUCAGGCAGUGGGCCGUGGUGUCAGGAUGCCUGGACCAGGUAUGCAAGGUCCUCCUGGUUCAAUGGCUGCAGGAAUAAGACUUGCACAGCCUCAAGCUCAACAAAGUCCUGGGCAAUCUAUAGUUAAUCAAGGACAACCAAUUGCACCUAAUGUAUCUCUUUCAUUAAGUUCUGAUCCAACGACUGUAGUCGUAAGUACUAAUCAACCAGCUUCAACGACGGGUCCAACGUCAGUUGUAGCAGCUGCAGCAACUGCCAAUCUUCAACAACAAGCUGUCAAUAUGCUUCCAGGUGGUUUUCAACCAGCACAAGCAACUAAAGAAUGGCAACGAACUGUGACGUCAGAUCUCAGAGAUUACAUUAUUCGUAAAAUAAUUCGAUCAAUAUUUCCAGCUCCUGAUCCACGAGCAAUGUUCGAUAAAAGAUUACAUAAUUUAGUGGCGUAUGCGAGAAAAGUUGAAGGUGACAUGUAUGAAAUGGCUAAUUCGAGAUCUGAAUAUUAUUAUUUAGUGGCGGAAAAAAUAUAUAAAGUUCAAAAAGAACUUGAAGAAGUACGUCAGAAACGUAUAGAAAUAUCAUUAGCUCAACAGCAGCAACAACCUCAAGCACAGGUUGCGGCCAACCCUGGAUUAUGAGUUAUUGCAUCUCAACAGAGUGUUCCAGCUGAAAUAAAAUCUAUAGUGACCGAAAGUGACUAUAAAACGGUAGAAUCGGUCAUAUUUUAGGUACAUUUGAUAAAUUAUAUGAGUUAUACAGGAAAAAUGUGGACAGUUGUUACUUUUCGAAUAUUUUAUCGCCGAUACCUUUUGAACUGAUCGAUUAAUUUUGACGUUUGGGAUGGCAUUCGACGUAGUAUUUUAUUUUUUAACGCUGAAAUUGUUUUGGAAAAAAUCAAUUAAACUUUUUUGAUUUUAUUUUGAUAAAAACGCUGUUAACGUCAUCCGAGUUUUACAAUUAAUUUAGUGAAUACUUACUGAGGACCAGCUGUAAGUAUACCACUGGUUGAAUUAGUAGUAUACUUAUAGUCUUGUGAUAUACAUUUAAACUCUAGUUCCUUAUUAUUAUGAUUAAAUAACAUAUGUAACACAAAAAAUAAAUACUUAUU